AUGGACACUUACAAGUACAUCCAGGAGCUAUGGAUGAAGAAGCAGUCCGAGAGUGUAACCUACGGCAAGCCUGUCCAUUACAGUGUUAACCAGCUGAAGUUUGCUCGAAGUCUUCAGCCUGUUGCCGAAGAGCGAGCUGGACGCCACUGUGGGGCUCUGAGAGUCCUGAAUUCUUACUGGGUUGGUGAAGAUUCCACGUACAAAUUCUUUGAGGUUAUCCUCAUUGAUCCAUUCCAUAAAACUAUCAGAAGAAAUCCUGGCACCCAAUGGAUCACCAAACCAGUCCACAAGCACAGGGAGAUUCGAGGGCUGACAUCUGCGGGCCGCAAGAGCCGUGGCCUUGGGAAGGGCCACAAGUUCCACCACACUAUUGGUGGUUCUCCCCAUGCAGCUUGGAGAAGGCGCAAUACUCUACAGCUCCAGUGUUACCGCUAA